AUGCGGGGAGCGGCGCGCGGGCGGGCACGAAGCAAACGCACGCAUCACGUGUGCCUCGUUAUCGUGCCGUUGAGCAUCGUGGCGGUGUUCAUACGGUCGCGUUUUGCUAGAGUGAACCGUCACUCGAUUGGCGCGCGAGGCGUCGCAGUGGCAAGCACAGUCUCCAGAUCUACGGAGGGCCCCUUGGUGGAAGAUUGGCUCAAUUUUCACCGGCUAGUUGGAGUGGAUCGAUUCUACAUAUUUUUAGAGGGACGAGCUACCACUCGCCUACCUUGGUCAAAGCAUCGACGGGAAGUUCGCCUCUUUGACGACAUCGAUGUCAAAUCGCACCACGCCGUGUCAAAGUUACGAAACAAGAGUUUUCUCAAGCCCUACGUCGCCAAUGCUUCGUGCGGCGCGAGCGCGCUCUUCGUUCGACAGACGCUUAAUCUUGAGAUGGCCAUCGAGGCUGCGAGACGGGAUGGUUUUCGCUGGUUAAUCCACAUUGACGUAGACGAGUUGUUGUAUCCUAGCUCCAGUCCGAGAUUCAACAUCAAGGACGUUCUGCAUGACGACGUUCCCUCCGAUUGCGAACUCGUCGUGUUUCCAAAUCACGAAGCCGUACCAGAGGUGGCUACGAAUUCGUCUAAAUCACCGUUCAGUGCGAUCACCCUGUUCAGGCGGAAUCAUCAAAUGGUCGAUCGCAGACCAUACAGGACGUUCCUGCGUCUCGCUCGCCGCCAAAAUAUUUUACCAAAUUACUUUUUAGCCUACGCGAACGGUAAAUCGGCGGCUCGCCUAUCUUCACGAAGUUUGCGUCCAAACGGUGCGCAUAGAUUCAAGGCGAGUCGAGGUGCCAGAGAGUGCACUGUACGAAGCUCAAUACUCCAUUUUCCAUUCGAUGGCAAUGAAGCGCGGGCGAGACGAAGAGCUGAACGGUGCGACUGUUCGGCGGAAGACGUAGAAAAAUGCUCGAUGUUAUCAUUCGAUAGAGAACUCGCUGCUGAGGCUCGCUCACGCGUCGGCUUUGAGGAUUGGUACGAACGGCGCGUCAUCGAGAGUGACGACGCGAGGAAAAACACGUUACUGGCAGCCGGCCUCUACUUUCGCGCUCACGAGCCAUUUCUCUUGCUGACCAAACUCGAAGGGUUGAUGGAUGACUAG